AUGGCCAUCGCUGCAGGCAGCCUCUGCGUUUUCAUGCCCUUGCGCUACGCUGCUAGCAUCCUGGCUAUGCUGCAGCUCAUCCUCUCGACCAUUCUGGCCAUAGCGCUCUGGACAGAGGUCUCGAAAUGGAGUGUAGACGUGGGUGUUCGGAUCACUGGCACUUCCGCGGCGGCGGCUACGUACUACACUAUCCUCGCCUUUUCCGCCACGAUUGGCACAUUCGCCAUCUUUGUGCGAGCUCGGAACAUCCUCAAGUACUUUGCGUUCUGCUUGGGAUGGUCUCUCGGUCUCCAGCUCGCCGUUUCGGCGCUGCAACUCUGGGGUUAUGUGUCCUCUCCGCGAAGCGACCUACUAGCGGCAUGCCAGCAAGUCCCGGGCAUGAAUGAACUCUCAUGCCUGCUCGUGCAACUCUGCGCAGCUUACGUCGUCUCGUCGUACAGCACGAAACUGUCCGACGAAGAAGCCUUCAACGAGAAAGGCAAUCCCAACAUCUCUGCGCCGCAGAUGCAGACAGCACAGCCCGCACCGGCGCCCGGAAUGGUCUCACGCCCUCACUCGCGUUCCGGCUCCUCAGGCUCGCAAACGCUAGCGGCAGCGGCAACGUACGAGGACUACGGCACGGGCAAGGGUUGGGCAGCUUCCUCGCGUACAAGCACAGACAGCGAGCGUAGUGAUGACAGUGGGAGCGAGACGGAAGGGCACUGGUCAGAGAACGAGCGCCCGCCCGUGCCAACACUCGAUCCCGCGCCUACACCGCGUCGCAAGCGCACACGGACACCGCGGGUGAAGCCGCGGUACCCGGAGGGCAUGGGCCCAGAAUCGCGCAACAGCGAGUUCCUAGCAACUCUGCCGCCUACAAUGCCUCAGCCAGGCAGGCAGAACACGAACCCCUUCGCUGACCCUGUACUGCGCCCGCCGCCGCCUGCUGUAAUAGCACAGGGAAGCUCAAGAAAGAGCACGCCGGUUGAUGGGAACUCGAACGCUAGUGCAAGCUCCAGCAAGAAUACGCUUUCGGAUGCCGCAAGAAUGGUCUGA